GCCUCCACGCCUGCGCAGUGCAGCAGUUACUGACAGAGGGAGACGGAGCUCGGUUUGUGCUCAACCCAACAGAACCGGAUCAAAACACCGAGCAGCUCCGGAAUCCGGAGACACCCAGACCCGCGGACAUCCAGCGGGGGACAGAGCGAGGGCAGGCCGGGCCCCGAGCACCGGGAGCCCGCCUGUCUGUCUGCCCGAACACGGUGAGACGAAGCGGGGAGGAGAGGAGCUGUACACGGCCUUUAAAGAGGGAGACAGCCACGGGGAUCAGAACGAGACGGUAAUAACGGGAGAUAAGAGGAGAUAACGGCUACAGGGUUACCGUCCAACUGGGACUGUUUAACCGGCGGACAACCAGCCAGGAACCAGCACAGAACCAGCCCCGGUGACCGCCGGGAGCAGCUCCAGAUGUUGGCCUGAUGACGAUGCUCCAUGAUCGGACACUUCGAGGACACCAGACACAUGCUGGGACACGAAGAAGACCUGUGGAGGACUGAAGGACUGACUCCAGAGGACACGAAGAAUACCUGUGGAGGACUAAAGAACUGACAUAGAGGACACAAGAAGAUCUGUGGAGGACUGAGGGACUGACUGAGAGGACACAAAGAAGAACUGAGGGGACGUAACCAGUUUGGAUGUAAGACGGACCCCAAGGACGCCAUGACGUCCCUGGUUUGGACUCGUCUCCCAGUCCUGUCAGUCCUUAUCCUGGUUUUGUCUCGUUCCAUCAUGGCGGCUCGCUCGGACAGGAACCCGCCAUUUGAGGAAUAUGUCUGUGCCACAGUGAACGCCACAGUCCUUGACAGCCGAGGAAACACGAUCCACAUGAUGAGCAGUGAUGAGGGGACAUAUGGACAGAACUCCCCGAAAGUGGACACCCGGGGAGUCGUCAUCUCACCAGCGCCACAUCACGGAGUGGUCGAUCGGCAGGGCUGUGACCCAAACACUCGCUUCCUGGUCCCUCCUCGAAACGUCCACUGGGUGGCGCUGCUGCAAAGAGGAAACUGCACGUUUAAGGAGAAGAUCCUGAAAGCAGCGGCAUACAACGCCACAGCGGUGCUAAUAUACAACAACUCCACCAACAAGACGGUGAAGAUGGGCCACGAGGGUACAGGUGACAUGGUGGCGGUGAUGAUCACGGAGGCCUACGGUAAGGAGAUCCUGGCUCACUUGGAGAGGAACCUGACGGUAGUGGUGUCUAUUCUGGUCGGGGAUCGUGGCUCAUCUAAGAACAUGAACCGAGGCUCUCUGGUCUUUGUCUCCAUCUCCUUCAUCGUCCUCCUCAUCAUCUCCUCAGCCUGGCUAGUCUUCUACUUCAUCCAGAAAAUCCGCUAUAGCAACGCCCGUGACCGUAGCCAGCGUCGUCUUGGUGAUGCAGCGAAGAAGGCCAUUGGGAAACUGACCACGAGGACGGUGAAGAAAGGAGACAAGGAGACUGAUCCAGACUUCAACCACUGCGCCGUCUGUAUCGAAGCGUACCAGCUGAAUGACGUAGUCCGAAUACUGCCCUGCAAACAUGUCUUCCAUAAGGUGUGCGUGGACCCGUGGCUAAACGAGCACUGCACGUGUCCGAUGUGUAAGCUGAACAUCCUCAAAGCGUUGGGCAUCAUGACAAGUCUUCCCUGCGUGGACAGCGUGGUGUUGGAUGUGGAUCGCCUUGGUGUUGGUCAGACUUCCAGCAGUCAGAGGGCGCCCUUGAAUGACAGCAGCCAGCCCUCCAUCAGCCUGGAGCCACUUAGCCCCCCCCACUCGGAGGGAACGCCAAGAACACCUGCCGACAUCACCAUCGCUGUGACCAGUGGCGGCGGUCACUUCUUCAACAGGAACUCGAUGUCUCCUCGUAGCGUCGUCUGUGAGAUGGAGCUUCCUGAUGUCCAUCCAUCUCUGGAUCUCUACGACGACAAUAAGUCCUGAGGCCCAUCACCAUGGUUACUGCCCCACCAUCCCACCCCCCUGCUGAUGGACGGGCAACCUUUUGAGGGGGGGCAGUGGGGGUCCUGGUCUCAGUUUAGGUUUUAUUUUCAAGAGUGGGUGAAGAGGAUGGUGUUGGGGGACUUGCAGCCAAAAGCAGAUCUUUAUAGAUAAACCAGACUGUUGGAUGGUUCUGGACUCUAAAGGUUCCCAGAUGGUCCUGAUCAAAGGUUCCUGAUUACCAUUCAGGUUCUUUGGUUCCUUCGGUUAAGUUCUCAAAUGGUUCUUUUGGUUAAGUUCUCAAAUGGUUGUUGGUUCUGAGGGCCCAAAAGUACCCCUGAUUCUUGGUGGUCAAGGAAAAAUCGACAGCAGUCCCUGAACAUAAAUUAAGUUCCUCUGUCCCUUGAGACUCUCAAAGCCUGAAAAAGUUCAUGGAACAUUGUCUGUUUAAGUUCUCUAAAGGCUCCAUGGUCUGUGUUAAAGUUCCUGAGGUCUAAAGACAAUCUAAACAUGGUUCUAGUGACUAUAGGGGAUCUAGAGACAUUCUUUAAAAAAGGUCCUGAUGCCUAAAGAGGAUCUGGAAACACUACCCAGAAAGGGCUCUGCAAAGUUCCUUGGAUCCUUUGAGAUGAUCUAAAGAUGUUCCUAAAUUCUAAUGACAAUCUAGAAACAUUAUCAGAGAAGUUCCUUAGGUCUAAAGUCUGAACAGUUCCUGGGUUAUUGAGAUGUACUAAAAAUGUCGAUUAAGUCCAGUGGGGCUCCAGAAACAUUAGAUAUAAAAGUUCCCAAAGGUCAUCUAGAUAAAAUCCUGUGGUUUAAGGGAGUUCUAGAAACAUUUUUGAGGGGUAAAGAAAAUCUCCAAAUGUCUACAAAUGUUCCUGAGGUCCAAAGGCAUAUCUUUAGUUUGAAAACAACCUAGGACUGUUGUCAGGAAUCAUUCACUGAAGUUUCCUGAGUUUCAAAGUGGAUCUAAAAAAAUCUCUAGAAACAGCUCUGUGGUUUUAACUGUUUUAGAACAGCCUAGAGGUCUAAAGAGUUCAAGGAAAAGCCCUCAGGUCUAAAGAUGUUCAAGAAACAGCCCCAAGGUCUAAAGAUGUUCUACAACAGCCCCCAAGGUCUAAAGAUGUUCUAGAACAGCCCCAAGGUCUAAAGAUGUUCUAGAACAGCCCCAGUGUCUAAAGAUGUUCAAGAAACGCCCCCACAUUCUGAAGAUGUUCUAGAAAAAUCCCUGAGGUCUAAAGAUGUUCUAGAACAGCCCCAACAUAUAAAGAUGUUAUAGAAAUAGCCCCGAGGUCUAAAGAUGUUCUAGAAGCAGCCUCCCAAGGUCUUAAGAUGUUCUUGAACAGCCCCAAUGUCUAAAGAUGUUCUAGAACAGCCCUGAGGCCUAAAUAUGUUCUUGAACAGCCCCAAGGUCUAAAGAUGUUCUAGAAAUAGCCCCGAGGUCUAAAGAUGUUCUAGAAGCAGCCUCCCAAGGUCUUAAGAUGUUCUUGAACAGCCCCAAUGUCUAAAGAUGUUCUAGAACAGCCCUGAGGUCUAAAUAUGUUCUUGAACAGCCCCAAGGUCUAAAGAUGUUCUAGAAAUAGCCCUGGGAUUUAAAGAUGUUCUAGAACAGCCCUGAGAUCUAAAGAUGUUCUAGAAACAGCCUCAAGGUCUAAAGAUGUUCUAGAACAGCCCCAAUGUCUAAAGAUGUUUUUGAACAGCCCUGAGGUCCAAAGAUGUUCUACAACAGCCCCCAAGGUCUAAAGAUGUUCUAGAAGCAGCCCUCAAAGGUCUAAAGAUGUUCUAGAACAGCCCCAAAGUCUAAAGAUGUCCUAGAAACAGCCCCGAGGUCUAAAGAUGUUCUAGGAAACAGCCACGAGAUCUAAAGAUGUUCUAGAAGCAGCCCCAAGGUCUAAAGAUGUUUUAGAACAGCCCCAGUGUCUAAAGAUGUUUUAGAACAGCCCUGAGGUCAAAAGAAGUUCUAGAACAGCCCUGAGGUCUAAAGAUGUUCUAGGAAACAGCCACGAGAUCUAAAGAUGUUCUAGAAGCAACCCCAAUAUCUAAAGAUGUUUUAGAACAGAUCCAAGGUCUAAAGAUGUUCCAGAAUAGCUCCGAGGUCUAAAGAUGUUCCAGAACAGCCCUGAGGUCUAAAGAUGUUCCAGAACAGCCCCAAGGUCUAAAGAUGUUCUUGAACAGCCCCGAGGUCUAAAGAUGUUCUUGAACAGCCCCGAGGUCUAAAGAUGUUCCAGAACAGCCCCGAGGUCUAAAGAUGUUCUUGAACAGCCCCGAGGUCUAAAGAUGUUCCAGAACAGCCCCGAGGUCUAAAGAUGUUUUAGAACAACCCCAAGGUCUAAAGAUGUUCUAGAAAUGGCCCCGAGGUCUACAGAUGUUCUAGAAACAGCCCCAAGGUCUAAAGAUGAUCUGAUGAAGUUCCUGGGGCCCAAACAACACCUUUUGUGAUAAAUUCAAAGUUCUUUGAUUCCUUGGAGCACUUUGUGAAAACAGUUCAGUCUUUCAUGGAUUUUAUGUCCCUGAUGAAGUUCCUUAGUUCUCAAGGGUUGCUGAAGGAGCACAGAAACUUGGACUCGGGAGUCAGAACUAAGUACCGCUGUCACACUGGGACCAGAGGAGCACCUUGAUCUUAGGAACACCUGGACCAAAGGAGCACCUGGACCACAGUAACACAUGAAUCUGAGGAGCUCCUAGAAAACAGGAUCGCCUGGACUGAUGUGAUCCCUAACAGUGUUACCUUCCUGUAGAAUAAAACUGCAUCAGCUCACACCUUCAGGAAACCUCUGGAUUGGGGGAAUGGCCUAUCAGUGGUUUUCUGAAGUAACAGACUGCUCCUUUAAAGUGUAUAAACUGCUUACAAUGACUCAGCCUGUUUAUAAACACCUUGUGAUGACUCAGCAUAUUUAUAAACCGCUUGAAGUGUCUCAGCCUGUUUAUUAACCGCUGAUAAUGACUCAGCAUAUUUAUAAACACCUUAUAUUGACUCAGCGUGUUUAGAAACAUGAUGACUUAGUGUGUUUUUAAAAGCUAUUGAUGACUCAGCGUGUUAUAAAUGUUGACUUGACCAGUCAAUAAACCUUAGUGAUGACUCAGCAUUUUUAUGAACUGGUAGUUAUGGCUGAGGAUGUUCGUAGAUGACAACUAAGUACAUUUAUAAAAGGCUAGUAAUCAGUGUGUUUAUAAAUAAUGACUGUGUUUAUAAACCGUUAAUGAUGACUCAGCAGGUUAAACAGCCUGAACAUCGCUUGAUACGACAUAGCAUGUAAUUUAACAGCCUGUGCUGAGCGCAUUUAGAAACACUUUUGAUGACUCGGCGUGUUAAAAAACACUUGUGAUGACUCAGCGCGUUUAUAAACUUUUGAUGACUCAGCAGGUUUAUAAACACUUUUGAUGACUCUUGUGAUGGCUCAGCGUGUUUAUGAACACUUGUGAUGAGUCAACGUAUUUAGAAACUUUUGUUGACUCAGCGCAAUUAUAAACACUUAUGUUGACAGCACGUUUAAUAAAACACUAUAGUUGGCUCAGCGCGUUUAUAAACUUUUGAUGGCUCAGCGUGUUUAUUAACACUUGCUGACUCAGUGCGUUUAUAAACUUGUUGACUCAGCUUGUUUAUUAACGCUUGUGAUGACUCAGGGUGUUUAUAAACAUUUUGAGAUGACUAAGUGUGUUAAAUAAACUUUGUGAUGACUCAGUGUGUUUAUAAACAGUUUGUGACAACUCUGCGUGUUUAUAAACCUUUAAUGACUUGGCGUGUUUAUAAACAGUUUGUAAUGACUCAGCAUGUUUAUAAACAACCUGUGAUGACUCAGCGUGUUUAUAAGCACUGGUGAAGACUCAGCGUAUAUGAGUACUUAUGAUGACCCAGCGUGUUUAUAAACAGUUUGUGAUGACUCAGCGUGUUAAUAAUCAGCCUCAGUGUGAGGCUCAGUAUAUAACAGCAUUAUACAAUCUAUUACCUGAUCAUUAUAUUCUAAGUGGCCUGCUGAUCCAGUCUGAGUGUGAGCGAGUGUGUGUGGGCGUGUGCUGCUUUAGAUCACUGUGUCUCUGACUGCCUCAGCAUUAAAGUGUCAUUAUUGCCUCUAA